CUGGGCACUUCAGUGUUUUAAUUCUUUUCCGAGUUUCAAGCCUACUACUUCUUCUACCAUGAAGGUUGGGAUAGCAGCUUUUAUAGCAGGAAUCCUUGGUGGGAUUGGUGUUCUACUGUUUCUCAUAUCUUUUGGAACAGAUUAUUGGCUGCUAGCUACAGAGACAUGUGGUAUCUUUGAACCUGGAAAUAACACUCUUCAGACUGGGGAGGUCGAAGUCUGGGGCGAGACCAGAAAAGAGAUCCUCACUUUUCAUCAUGAAGGUUUCUUUUGGAGAUGUUGGUUCUUUGGCAAGGAUUAUGAGGAGACCAUAUGGAACUUCUGGUUCACUAACCAACCACACCCCAAGUUCUGCAUGCACGGCUACCUGUUUCCUAUGCCCAUUGCUUAUGGACCUGUUCCACAUCCUUCCUAUGAUGCAACUGCAGUGUACAGAGGCUUCUGGACUGCAUUUAUCAUGGUAGCUGUCGCUGCCAGUCUGGUGGGAGGAUUCCUGUUGGUGUGUGGUGUGCCCUUUGUCAAUGCUAGAUUUUAUAAAGUAGGAGGCGGAUUCCUCAUCACAUCUGGAGGUUUGUUUUUCCUGCUUGUAUUUCUGUUUGUGAUAUGGAAGGAGCUUGCAGCUGAUCUGCAGAAAUACAUACUUCUAGAAAGAAGUGAAAAAUGCCUGGAGGAUACCCUUGUGAAUGUGUAUUAUGGAUGGUCAUUUAUGUUUGCUGCAGCUGGGGUUCCCUUGGUUUUAAUUUCAGGACUUCUCUUUUACCUUGUUGGCCAAAGCAUUCUGAAAGCAUUGGAGUAAAAAUAAUCUAUAGAGUUAAGAUGUGUUCUGAUAAAAUCUUUUAAUGCUGUCUGGAAAUUUGGUCACAUCAAUUUUGGAGAUUAGACAAUUUUUGUAGUCAUAUUUUGUCAGGUUAUAUGCUUGAUCAAGAGUCACUGUUGAAUAAAGCCAAGGAAGGAACACUGCAAAAAUACAAAACCAGUAAUUUAAAAAAAGAUGGUCCUGAACCCAAAUCCACACUCCAAAUAUUUAUACUGUGUAAACGUUCAUAUGGACUUUCUUGAUCUGCCUCUAAUUGGAAAGACCAAAGCCUGGAUACUUAGAUACCAAGUUGAAGAACUGUAGACACAUUUUUGUUUGGAUUCAGACCCAAAUUUUGCAGGCCUGGUCCAUUUUGCUUCAGUCAAUGAGAUAUUAUUUUUAAUAGGCUGUGCAUAUUUACAACCUGCCUGUGGGUCUCAAUAUUUAUAAAUAUUCAGAGAGAUUGGAAUGUGAAGUUAUUCCUAGCACCCUUGCUUCUUGUUUAAAGGUAAUCAAAUCUGGCUGUGAUGAUAUACAUUCUAAGCUCUAUUUGUGAAAACCAAUUAAGCAUGAUUUUUUCUAAGUUAGCUUUAAUUGACAUUUAAAGGACAGCUAUUACAUAAUGCCAGGAGAUGCACUUUUUUCCCUGCUCAUUUAAGGUCUCAAGCCUGCAAACACAAAGGUGCAUCUACCCAACUUUAAAUAAGGGAAUAGAGCUGUUAUUUCACAGGAAAUAAAUCACUUAGUUAUUGUAUAUACAAUAGUUUCCACUGUGCACUACAUGUUUUCCAAACCCUCAAGGUGGUCCUUGCCCUGAGAAUUUAACAAUCUAAGGACAGACAAAUUGACAGGGCUAGGGGAAGGGAACGGGAACAACAAUAUUAUAAUAAUCUGUUUGAUGUGAUGGUGCCUAUGGGCCUACCAAAAUGGGACCCUAUUGUGCUAGAUACAAAUGCAGAAUAACUGACAAUCCCAGAUACAUUACAUACAGUAUAAAGGUAAAUAAGUGCUUGAGUACUCAAGUGUGUGCAUGUGUACAGAGGCUUUCACUACAGUAGCACAUGUUAACUGUAGUACACUACAGGCAAAACUGUUUCAACCCUAAGGGCAAAGUAGUUUCUAUUUGUACUGUACAAGAAGAUUUGUAAAAAAUAUGAGAGAAAUUAUAAGAUUUGGUCCUGUCACUAUGUGUUUUCUUUUAGUGAUCUCAGUGCUUUAAGUAGCUUGUGGCAGGCUCUUGCCUGCUUAGUUGAUUUGCAUAAUAUUUGAAUCAAACUUUUCACAAUAUCUGCUUUAUUUGUGACUGCCAUGGUUUGAAUUAAACAUGUAUCUUUGACUUAUAUGCCAGGCUAUUGACUAGAUGUAGUUAGUUAAUAAUGUGAUGUAAAUCUGUUGUAGAAUGCAGUGAAAUUUGUUGGAGGUAUAAAAAUGUUUAUUGCUGUUUCUCAGAUAUUUCUCAAGUAUGGCAUUUCUUGUCCUUUGAUGGCAACCAAUGGAGCAAGUUCUAAUUACUUUUUUACAAGAUCCAUGGCAUGCAUAGAAUAAGCAUUUGUAAUUCCAACAUGUAAAGAUUUCUCUUUUGGUAUGAAUAACAGGCUUAGUCUGUAGUUCUCACUUAAUAAAAUUCACACUGAUUCCCAUUAAUGGAAAUUUUGUUUGAAUAGGAUGGCUAUAAACAGUAUAGUUUGUAUUUUUUAAGUGAAGAGAUGUUUCAUGGCAUUUGGAAAUACACAGAUAUUUAAAUGGUUUAUUUGUCAAUGUUAAAGUGUUUUUUAAUGAUAUCUGUUAGGGUUAUGCUUGUGUCCCAUCAGUUCUUCAAGUGAUUAUUUCUCACUAUAAAUUGUCUCAUUGGAUAAUUUUUGUCAUUUAAUUAUCUAUUCAGUGUUGAGCUGAACACUUAUGGCCACAAAGAAAAAAAGUAUAUAAUCUAGGAGCAGAAGAGGUCAAGAUUUACAGUCACUUGCCUUUCACUGAUCCCAUAAAACAAUUCAAGCAUGCAGAAAUGAUGAUCCCAUAAGAGACACCAGGGCACAAGUACAAGAAUGCAGAAAGAAAUCCAUCAGACUUAUUGAUAUUUCUGAAGCUAAGGAUCCCUGAAGUUGUGAAUAUAGAAGUGAAUUUUAUAUUAUAGAAUGAAAUAUUUAUUAACUUUCUCCAUCUGUUCUUUAAAAAAUUUAGUUUAAUGUCAUCAAGGCAUUUAUGGAAUACAUUUAGCUUAAUCAUGCAUUCAUGCCCUGGGGAGUAACCAUCCCUUAGAGACUUACUAGCUCAGGAUCAGCUCUAGAACAAGCAAUAGUUUAAAACUCAAUCAUUCUUUUAGAAAAAGCAAGAUUUACAAUCAUUUUGGAAUUAGUAGAUUUUAAACCUAUUUGUGCUCGAUGUACCAUGAUGACAUUAUGGUAAAUACAGUACAGUGACACAAUAAAAUAAUUAA